UGUCCAGCGGGGGUUUAUGUUCUGUCUACCAACUUGUUUCGUGAGUACCACUACGUGAGCAGCCCCAAGACGUGGGCUGAAGCUCAGCGGUACUGCAGAGAGACGUACGCCGACCUGGCCACCGUGGACAGCCCAGAGGAAAACGACAGACUGCUCCUUGAACUGCAGGGAUCCGGACAGUUUGCCUGGAUCGGGCUUUACGACAACACAACGGGUUGGAAGUGGACAAUGGGAGACGAUGACUUUGUCGGCAAUAAGAGUUUCCCACCUUGGCAACCAAAUCAGCCUGACAACUACGGUGGCAAGCAGAGCUGCAUAGUGAUGAAUUUGACUGGAGGUUGGCGGGAUGAAAUCUGCAACACAGAGCGCCCUUUUAUCUGCUUUGAUGAACACGGCCCUUCUAAAUACGUUGUUGUGACUACAUUCGUGCUUUGGGAAGAUGCUAAGAACUACUGUCGGUCCAAAUACACGGACCUGGUCAGAGUGUGGAACACGUCUCAGAACAAUGAAAUACACCCACUCAUUGAGAGGAACCACUGGAUCGGCCUCUACAGAGACCUGUGGGCUAACUGGUCUGACCACAGCCUACUGACCUUCACUAACUGGGAGACGGGCCAGCCCGACAACAAAGGCAGCACCAACAUGACUUCCUGUGCUGCUGUGAAUACGAGCACCAGAACGUGGGGGGAUGUUGACUGUAGUGAAGAGCACGAGUUCAUCUGUCAGACUCUGAUUCCAUCCAGUAGGAGGUUGGAGCUGCUCUUCCAGUCUGAGGCCGACCUGACCGACCCCGACGCCCAGCAGCAGAUUUUACAGCAGCUGCAUGCUAAAAUGGAGGCUGAUGGACUAACAGACUUCAAGUUUCGCUGGAUGGAGAGGGAUGGGCAAAUUUUUCAUAAAGAACCAAAGAAAAAAACAUGAGGAAAAUUCUGCCUUUUUCAUGCACCAUUCAUAAGCAUAACCUACAGAUAUUCGCAUCUACAUGUAUAGUCUAGUAAGUCAAGGACAUUUUCAGUACCUCUUUUUUUGUUAAGCUAACAGUAAUUUACUUUGCAGAUACACUAUAAAACAUAUGUAAUCCUUUCUGGAAUAAGUCGAUCCACAUAUAUUUUUAUUCAUAUAUGUGUACCUAAAUGUCAAGGUACACAUUGUAUGCAGGUAAUAUCGUGUAACAUCCAAUUUGACUGUUUAAUAAGGUAAAACCUGACACGACUACCUGUAAUAUCAUAUGCGUUUCCUAAACUUGAAUUAUGCAAAUGAUUUGCUUUUCUCUUUUUAUGAUUUAUUUGUGCUGUACAUGGCAUUAUACAUUCUAUGGACCAUUUAAACUUUAUACCCGACCUUUUUCUUGACUUUGAUACCCAAUUGUUACUUCUUUUUUCAUUUGUCGGUUGUACCUGUAUUGUCUGUGAUGCAAUACAAUGCAAGGGUGGUUUGAAUGUAUAAAAAAAAUAAAGAAAAACUUGUCAUUUCUUGGCCACAAAAUGUUUAAGUGGUGCCUUUUAAAUUCAUUGGAAGUGUUUGUGACUUUGUUCAUUUAGUCAGUGUAAAACUAUGUUCAAUUAUUUUAAACUGGCAAUAAAACCGUGUAAUUAAA